CCCGUUUAUAGAUAAGCCCAUUAGGGUUUCCUCUAUUUUGUAUAAGUAGUGGUAGCCUGUACAGUUCUAUAUUGUUUUUGAGAUAUACGAAUAUACAUUAUUCUCUCAAGUUCUACAUGGUAUCAGAGCCUAAACCCUAAAAUCCUAUUCCCUUUUCCCACUACUGCCACCGGAGCUUUGCCGUGCGACUGCCUUUGUUCCCACGAUUGCCCUGUGGUUUUUCGUCCAAACUAACACCACAGGCCAUCUUGGAACCUCGUCGCGAGCCAAGGGCUGCAGUCCGGUCGCCAUCCGCCGCCGUACGCGCCGCCACGCGCCACCGCCGCCGCCGGGAAGGUCAAGGGUUUUUUUGGCCAGAUCUCCUUCCUUCAGUGUCCGAUCGAGUCGCCGUCGCCACCAUCAGACUCGCCUUGAAGAGACGAACCUGCCAGUACCGGUCGUUUUCGCUGCAGUCGCCGGUCACCGCCGCCGGCUGCCGCCGUUCGCCGCCGGCCGCCGUUAACUUUUCCGGCGAACUGACUAGUACUUCGAAACAGUGUAUUCCCUUGUUUGUUUUACCUAUUAUGGCAUCAUCUACACAUUCCUUUACUUCCUACCCUAUUAUUACGGUUGAUAAGUUAGUUGGGGGUGAAAACUAUGCAUCGUGGGCUGCAUCUGUUAAAUUGUGGUUCAAGGGGCAAGGAGUGUCUGCACAUUUAGAUAUGAAGGGUGUAGAUGUUAAAGAAAAGAAGGAUGAGUGGGAGAAGGUCGAUGCCUUAUUAACAAACAUGUUAUGGCAGUCAAUUGACCCUAAGCUCCAUAACAUUUAUAAGACUUAUGAGACAUGUUAUGAGGUGUGGAAUAAAGCGAAGAGUUUAUACACCAACGAUGUUCAGGGUCUCUAUUCACUAGUCACGAAAUUCGCAAAUAUCCUUAAUCAUCGUGGAACUGCUGAUUCGAAUAUGUCUGAAUACUUAGGCCAGAUUGAAGCUAUACAACAGGAGUUCCAUAAUCUCAUGUCACAUAAGACGGAUGCUGAUGAGCACGUUAAGCAGUAUGACAAGUUCUUUAUGGUGUUUGCUCUGGCUGGCCUUAGUCCUGACCUUGCACAUGUUCGUGAUCAGAUUUUGGCUAGCCCUACUGUACCCACAUUGAAUGAGACUGCUGCUAGACUACUCCGAGUUGCAUCAGCUCCUCCUGUUGAGCCCAUUGGAGAUUCUUCUGUUUUAGUCUCUCGAACAGUAGAGAAGGAGCUGUCUGGACAUACCAGUAACAAUGGUGGUCGUCGUGGUGUCCGUAGGUGCGAGUACUGUAACAAGGUGGGGCACACCAAGGAUCGCUGCUGGAAGCUGCAUGGCAAGCCCUCACGUUCUGUCAAUAUGGUGCAGACCACUGGUUCAGAGACUCAGGCUCACAGUAGUUCUACCCCAAAUGACUAUGAAGAGUACCUCCGAUUUAAAGCCUCCCGAGAAGCCACUACCACAUCUUCCUCCAAUACUGGAUCGCAGUACGGGGAAGGUGAUUGGCACAGGGCUUGAGUCACAGGGUCUUUACUACAUGCGAGGGGGUGUUGCUGCCAGUGCAUCCACAGAUCCACCUUUGCUUAUCCAUAGUCGUCUUGGUCAUCCUAGCCCAUCCAAACUUCAACGGAUGGUUCCGGGUAUCUCUGUUGAGUCUUUAGAUUGCGAGUCGUGUCAUCUUGGAAAGCAAUCCCGUAAGUCUUUUCCAAGAAGAGUCAAUAAUCGGGCUGUGUCCCUCUUUGAUUUAGUGCAUACAGAUGUUUGGGGUCCUUAUCGAGUCAAUUCUACCUUAGGUUUCCAUUAUUUUGUAACCUUUAUUGAUGAUUAUUCCCGUUGUACUUGGGUUUUUCUAAUGAGAAAUCGUUCUGAGUUGUUUAAAAUCUUUCA